CCAGCUCGUAACGAGAACAGAGGAAUCUUGCCUGCGCAGGGAGAGGGAGGAGGACGUCACAACGGCUCUCCUUUCUUUCCCGGUUCGUCCUUCUCCAAACGGUUCUGCCAGAAGAAUCUCAAUUGUUCCUUCUCGGAUUCUGGGUUUGUCUUCCAAUAUCCAUCCGGUUCGCGCGGCAGUAUCUUCCAUUUCCUUUUUUGCUGCUCGUCUGCCAUGUAGAUAGAUAAACUAUAUUCUGUUUUGUGGGGGGUUCUUCUGAUUCAUGUUCAUCUUUGAGAGGGGUUUUUUGCUGCUUUUUUCUCUCUUGAUUUUUCGAUUGGUGGGUUUGGUUCUGUUUCUCCUUUUGGUUUCUGGGCUUUGCCGCUUGUUAUUGGAAAUUCGCGGGAAAAUCAAGUCAUUAGUUGCUUCUAGUUUAAGCCAAAGUCUGUUCCUUUUUCUAAGUUGAAUUAAGGUUGCUCAAGUUUUUCUGAUAUGGAGAGGAAUUAUGGUAAUGAUGAACCAUCAAUGGCUCGCAUCCAGCAAUUGGAGUAUGAGCGUGAUGAAUUGCAUAGAGAGCGUGAUGAGUUACGUAAAGAUAUAGAACAACUAUGCAUACAGCAAGCUGGACCUGGCUACCUGGCAGUCGCAACUCGGUUGCAUUUCCAGAGGUCUUUGGUGGGAGACGUUGGGGGUCCCUUUUAUGUGUAGGUUGCUACGAGUUAAGAAAGCAUAAGGAUUGUUAAUGCCCUAUUAGGACAGCUAGCUUGGAGCAGGAAAUAGAGAAUUUGAAGAUGAAGUUAGCUGCCAGUACUAGAGAGAGUCGAAAUCUUCAAGACGAGCUUUCAGAAGCAUUUCGAAUUAAAGCUCAGUUGGCAGAGCUACACCAAGCUGAAGUGGCAAAGAAUAUCGAAGCAGAAAAACAAGUCAAAUUUUUCCAAGGAAGUGUAGCUGCUGCUUUUGCUGAACGUGAUCAGUCCCUCUUGGAGGCUGAGAAAGCGAAGGAGAAAGAGGAGCUCAUGUCACAGAAAUUUAUCCCGAUGCAGACUAGAUUGGAAGAGCUGACUUCAGAUCUACUGCAGCAGAGGAGAAGGAAUGAUGAACUACUGCUUGAUCUAGCAAAAUGGGAACAGCAGAGCGAAAACUUGAAGAAGGUUGUCAACAAGUUCUUCGAGAUUAGGCAGCAAUCAUCUGAGGGAUCUCUUGAAACAACUUGGGAUGAGAAGUGUGAAUGUCUAUUACAUGACCCGCUUGAAGUUUGGAAUUAUAAUGAUCCAUCAACCUCUGACUAUAUUAGUGCCUUGGAAGAAGAGCUGGAGACUGUGAGAAAAUCUGUUGGCGAUCUUAGGAGUAAGAUGCAAAUGGGCCUGGACAUUGAAAAACACUUGAGAAAGAAAGUUCAUGAUGUUGAAAAGAACCUAAUUCGUUUUAACCAAGUGGUCAUGAGUGGAAUAUUGGAGUUACACAAAUUUCAUUCUCAGCAUAGACUCGAGAUUCUAGAUUUACUCGCCGACGAAAAAUCUAAACUCAAGUUGAUGGUUGAUAUGAUUGAAGAGCAUAUCAAAGGGUCUGAGCUGACAAAACAAAAUGUUAUGGUUUCUGGGGUACUCACAAGCUCAGAUCAAACUGAAUGUCGAGAUGUGCACGUCAGCACAGUCACUGACACAUCCUCAGCAUCCACGAGAAACGACAGUACCUCAAAAGUUGUUGUUGCUCCUAAUCAAGACAAUGAAGCCUCUGAAGUCCUGAAGCAAGCAUUGCAAGAAAAGGUUCAGACACUAUUGCUGUUGUCUCAGCAGGACGAAAGACAAUUGCUGGAAAGAAAUGUGAAUGGAGCUCUGCAGAAAAAGAUAGAGGAGCUACAAAGAAACUUACUGCAAGUUGCUCAUGAGAAGGUUAAAGCUCUUAUGGAGUUGGCACAGCUAAAACAGGAGCAUCAACAGCUGAAAGAGAAGCUUGCUGAUGAGGCGAGGCAAGGAAAUUCUUUAGCAGAGAAAAAGCACACAAAUCAGGAAAGAGAUGCAGGGAUAAAAAGUGUGCUGAAGAAAACUUAUCUGAGACGGUGGCUUGGCACGUUGGAUUCUACUGGUAGAAGUGAAGUUGACACACACUCAAAUAGUCACGGAGACUUAUCAGGGAGAAAGUCGAACUCAAUGGAUGUUGCAAGAAUGAAGAUCGAAAAUGCUACUCUCAAGGAAAGCUUGGAAAGUAUGGAGCAUUUGGUUUCCUCAACUCAUAGACUCCGCCUUGCACUCACCAGGAUUAGAGAGUCAAUGGCCGAGGAAAGCACAGAGCCCUGCUCGUCUGGAGCUCUGGAUGGAAUACUUUCCGAAGCUAAACUGGUGAAGACCGCACUAGGCAGCUCACUGCCCAUCAGUUGGUCAGCAGAGGUGGACGAUGCGUCAAGCAGUCCAAGGUUCUCCAACGAGCCAUCAAGUAAUUCGGGUGGUACCACCGAUGAGAAGAUGGAUUUUGUCUCUGCAGCCGGGUUUGAGAUGGUGGAGCUUCUGAUACUUGCUGCUCAGGCUUUGAAAGAGACUAGCAGCAAAUGUUCCUGAGAACUGAGAAGAUUACUGCCCAAGGAGUUCUUCAAGUGACUUAUCCUGUAAAUUGUUACAGGGAAAGGGGGUGAAAACAGGGUUUGAGAUGCAAAGAUGGAGUCUUGAGUAGUAGUAUUGUGCCAGUACUGUAUAAACUGGCGAAGGAGAUGAGGGGCAAUUGCAACUAGUUGUUCUGUGAAUAUGGUUUGUGUUAAUAUUGUUGCAUUCAUAAAGAACUUACCUUUAAAAAAUCAAUUUAAUUUAUUGAAUAUAAACAAUCAUCUAACC